AUGUUGCAGGCUGAGCACCAGCUGGAGACAGAGACCAACAGAGCCAAUCUGGCCGAAGGCGAAGUGUGGACGCUGGAAAUCGCCAAUAGCGACUUGGUUGAUAGAAACAACAGGCUCCUUCGCGACUUGGCUCGAGGCAUGGAGGCCCGCUCAGGGCUGGAGCAGGAGAACCGGGAGCUGAGGCAGAAGCGCUCAGAGCUGGAGCAGGAGAACCGGGAGAUGAGGCAGAAGCACUCAGACCUGGAGAAGAAGUUCACCAUGACAGUGGCCUCGAACAAGAAGUUCCUGCAAGACGAGAAGAAAGAGUGGCAGGACAAAAAAAAGAAGGAUGAGGCGGACCACAAACACCAAAUCGACCUCAAGGAUCGCCAGAUAGAGGAGCUCAAGAAAGACUUCAACAACUUCAAGGACUACAUGCAGAAGAAGCUCGACGCAGAGGAGAAGAAGGUCAAGCUGGAGAGAGAGGAGAAGGUCGGGCUCCAAGGUCUUAGAGAAACCAGUGAUAAGAUGCGAAUCAUAAUGUCUGCUUUUGCACUGCGAGAGUGCAGCAACCUGCUGGAUUGCAGCAGCACUCAGGAUCGCUACAUGGGCUUGUGCAAGAGUUUCGAAGCCAUGUUCAGCAAGGCGGGGGUCUUGUUGAUUUACUUUGUGCUAUUUCGUAAGAUCGUCGCAUGA